AUGCCGCCGUCGUCGAAGCGAGCGACGCGCAAUGUAAUUGCUGCGCUCGUCUUGGCUGAACAUGCUUCUAGCUCUGAGCGAAUGCCAGAAAAGCAGAUUGGCUCGUUGGGGGUGAUCAGGUCCACGGCCAUAUAG